AUGACACAGCUUUUCGCAUCCAACCCGUCAGCGAUGACGAACGAAAAGCGCGGGAAUUUCCCCGGCCUCUCCCUGCCGACCCGAAAACAUUCCAACGACUCCGGCCACCUACCCACCAAGAUCAAGAACUUUUUCCGGAUCAACAGCUCAAGCAGCCACUCCUCCCAUGGCGGCAGUCCCGCCAGCACCGACCGUGAACGUGAGAAGGAGUCACCCAAGAAUGACAAAUCAACAUUCAGACAAUCGCGGUUCCUCCCUAGUAUCGGUCGUAACCGUUCCGCUACCGUCGCCAGUGAAGGCAACCCUCUUGAUGAUGGUGUCUCACCCACGGCUACUGCGAAUCCCUACUUUGCCCACCAAGGCCAGCCCGCAUUACGGCAUAGGAAUGACGGCUCUGCCCCCUCUUCGCCUCCCGAUACCCCAGAGUUGCAGGUCACCGGGGUCACCGCAGCGGAGCAGGCAACAACUGCCAACAAGGAGGAAUUAGCACGCAAACUCCGCCGUGUUGCGUCUGCCCCCAAUGCCCAGGGCCUUUUCAAUAGCCAAGGGAAUGGACACCCCGAGACAGACGAUGAGCCUCUCAUAGCAAUUCCUGGCGGCGAUGGCAAGGUUGGUCUGUCUGAUGGCAAGGGAGGAGUCCUGGCUGUGCCUUCGAUAGGCAUUGACAGCAAGAUUACCGGUACUGGUACCGAUGAUGCUCCCUUCCGUCGCACCUACAGCUCGAACUCUAUCAAGAUCCGCAAUGUCGAGGUUGGCCCUGCAAGUUUUGACAAGAUCAAAUUGAUCGGAAAGGGUGAUGUCGGCAAAGUUUAUCUGGUUCGCGAGAAGAAGACGAGCCGUCUCUAUGCCAUGAAGGUACUGAACAAGAAGGAAAUGAUCAAGCGCAACAAGAUCAAGCGUGCUCUUGCCGAGCAAGAAAUUCUCGCGACUAGUAACCACCCGUUUAUUGUCACCCUCUAUCACUCUUUCCAGUCUGAGGACUACUUAUAUCUCUGCAUGGAGUACUGCAGUGGCGGCGAGUUCUUCCGAACCCUUCAAACUCGCCCUGGGAAAUGCAUCUCUGAAGAUGCGGCCAGAUUCUAUGCGGCCGAAGUCACUGCUGCUUUAGAGUACCUUCAUCUUAUGGGCUUCAUCUACAGAGAUCUCAAGCCAGAGAACAUUCUCCUCCAUCAAUCGGGUCACAUCAUGCUUUCGGAUUUCGAUCUGUCUAAACAGUCCGGGCCUGGAGGUGCUCCUACUAUGAUUCCUGGCCGAAGCGGAGGCAAUUCCUCCACUUCCCUGCCGACCAUUGAUACCAAGUCGUGUAUUGCUGAUUUCCGUACGAAUUCUUUUGUUGGAACAGAAGAGUAUAUCGCACCCGAGGUUAUCAAAGGCUGCGGUCACACUAGCGCAGUUGAUUGGUGGACUCUGGGUAUUCUUGUCUAUGAGAUGUUGUACGGUACCACUCCUUUCAAGGGCAAGAACCGAAAUGCAACCUUCGCCAGCAUCUUGCGGGAUGAAGUGGGUUUCCCUGAGGGCUCGGGUGCGCAGCAGACCUCCACGCUUUGCAAGUCUUUGAUUCGCAAGCUACUGAUCAAAGACGAGACCAAGCGCCUUGGAGCUCGUGCCGGUGCAUCUGAUGUCAAGACACACCCCUUCUUCCGGUCGACCCAGUGGGCUCUUAUUCGCCAUAUGAAGCCACCCAUGAUCCCGCACCAGGGUCGUGCCGGUACCGACACAGUGAACUUCCGCAAUGUGAAGGAAAGCGCCAGUGUCGAUAUUGGUGGCACUGCCUCUACUAAAAUGGAAGGUGUCCCUAUGGACUCUGGCCUUGCAACCCCCAAUGGCGAGCUGAAUGAUCCCUUUGAGGAGUUCAACAGUGUUACGCUUCACCACGAGGGAGAUCACUAA